CUUGUAGUGAACAGUCGCAGUGAUGCAAGAGCCACUUUUGAAAGUUGGAUGCAACUCAAUUGAGGUAAGUUUUAGGAUUGCAGGUACGCAUGCAAACUAAAGAUGUGAUGAAACCCGGAGCAAGAAAACAGAUACGUCGAAAGAUGAUGUGAAUUAGAGCAGAGACCUGAUGAGUGUCUGUAUAGCGCAGUGAGAUGGUCUCAAAGACUUUCGAGUCAUUAUCAGUCCCAACCGGGGGAGACUCGUCUGAUAUGAGGGUCAAGAGCAACUGCCGAAAGGGUAAGCACUGCAGAACAGCGGGCCCGCAGCAUGCCCAUUUCCAGGGAUAGAUGGGAUGCGCGGCAGAAUGCAGCUGGAAGCGGUCAGGAGAGUCGACGGGGGCUCACCGCCGGGGUUGGAACGGGAUUCAGAGGGCAGAUCGCCCAGUCUUGGCGGCUCGGAUUUGGAGCUGCUCUCUCUGUGUGAACACCGGUGUUUCCACAUCUCAACAGGAAUUUGCUUCGGAUUUCUACCAGACAGACUCGACAACAUGCGAUCGGAUUCUUUUCUCUGUAACACCUCGAGCCUCGUCCCUGCAACGUGCUCGGACGGGAUUAGCAGGAAACACGACCCCAUCCUCGAUCAGCGAUGAGCCAUACUUAAGUACUCUUACCUGUAUAGUUCGUUCACAACAAGAAAUGCCGAAUAUCCAAACACAGACCGGAUGCAAUAUGAUACGGUCACCUACACUUGACCAUGCAUCCCCCUACACCUCCACCAUGAGUGUCAUGGAGGAGGGGGAGAGCAUCAACAGUGACCUGCCUCCGAGUCGCAAGACCCGCGACAGCUGCGACGCCUGCGCCAAAUCCAAAGUGCGCUGUGGCAAGCAGCAUCCACGAUGUGAUCGAUGUGUGGCGCGCAACAAGCCAUGCAACUACGGCUUCAUCCGACCACGAGGGCGGCGACGUCUGUCGCAGAUCCCCCCAGGGGGCAAUCUCACCCCCGUUACGGACACCCAAAAUAGUUCGCCCGACCGGGCGGACCCCAAUAACCACAACAAUUUUCAGCACAUCGACCUCUUCAACACACUGGGCUAUCAAGACCUCGAGGCCAUCGCAGAGAAGCUCAACGACUACUCUGCGACUGACCGUCUCCUCGUCAACCCGCCCACCAGUGUGGGACACAAUGACUUCCAGCUCAUCGACGACUGGCACACGAUGGACCAGGAGCUGCAGCGGCUGCUAGACAUCACCACCCCGCAACCCACCCCGGUCCUCGAAGUCACUCCCCACCAAUCCAGCUCGCAAUCCAGCAUCCAGACCGGCCUGUCCUCCCUGUCCACGAGCUCGCCAUCCUCUACCUCGUCCCCUUCUCCCAGUAUCUCCUCCCUCCAUGGUCAAUCCUGCAUCACCUUGACCUUCAACACCCUGCAAGCCCUCCAUCCGCCGUCGGACAAAUGCGUCCUCAACUCGAACGCACCGCCGCCCCGCAGCCUCGACGCCGUCCUGCAUCUCAAUCAAAAAGCCAUGAGCAAUCUCUCGCUCGUCAUCGGCUGCCCCUGCUCCCUAGACUUCAGCUUUGCGCCGCUCAUCGCGCAGGCCAUCUCCAAAGUUCUGAUUUGGUAUCAAGCCAUCCUGGACGGCUGCGAAGCGAUCCCCGAGAUGGCAUUCAUGCAGCCGACCACGGCGCCGACGCGCGUGCGCGUCCUGCCCAUCAAGAUCGGGCAGUUCGAGCUCAGCGAGGGCGACCACCGCCGCAUCGUCGCGCAGAUGGUCAUGAACGACCUGGAGAAGGUGCGCGGGCUGGUGGAGAGCUUCACGCAGUCGUACUGUCGGCGCGAGGCGUCGCCCACGGAUGCGGACCAGUCCAUGUGCUUUAUAUUGGAGUCGGCGCUGCGACACAAGUUGAAUGAUACCCUUGGUUCUGCGGUUUUGAAAAUGACGGAUUGAGCUUUUUGGCGAUGGGUAGGGUGUUCGAUAUGGGGUUCUUUCGGGUUACGUGUAUAUGGAGUUGGAGUUGGGGUAUUUUCCGGGGAGGGCUGUCUGUUGUAUUAUUCCCAAUGAUGAUGAUUUUUGAUGAACAAUGGAUCUCUUAUUUGUUUUGUUGGUUUCUUUUUUUUUCCUUUUCUUCCGACUGACGACUUGGAAUGUUCGCGACUGGGAAGGGUGGCGCGGUUCCCUAUAUAUUGCCUUGACGCUGUAUAGACCAAGACUAGAGAAGCGGACUGCGGAGUUUUACUACGAGAGCUACAGUGCGUCGAUCUAUCCGUACCAAUCCAAUGAGAG